GCGCGCGCCCCCUCGCCCGGCAGCCCCGCCGCCCCCGGCCCGCCCCCGAGCCUCUGGCUGGAGCUGCGGCCCGCCUGCACCGGGGCCCGCCACUGCCCCAGCGAGUCCAGCGGCCGCGCGAGCGGCGACCUCGGCACCAGCAGCAGCAGCAGCGGCGGCGGCAGCAGCGUCGGGCUGUCACCCGGCUCCGACUCCGACAGCAGCGGCGUGGUGUGCGGCGGGGGCAUGCGCGGCGCCCUGCCCCGCUCCUGGAGCCUCGAGAGCCUGCGCUCGGCCACCGCCGCUCCGCCUUGCCAGUUGGUGUCUCUCCUCUCGGCCAUCCCUGAUGGAGCUCUAGACAAGGCCAUCUGUGCUGAUGAGGUGGGCAGUGAGGAAGACCUGUACGAGGAUGUGCACAGCUCCAGUCACCACUACAGUCACCCUGGAGGGGGCGGCGAGCAGCUGGCCAUCAACGAGCUCCUCAGCGAUGGCAGCGUGGUCUGCGCGGAGGCACUCUGGGAUCAUGUCACCAUGGAUGACCAGGAACUGGGCUUCAAAGCUGGGGAUGUCAUUGAAGUGAUGGAUGCGACCAACAGAGAGUGGUGGUGGGGCCGCGUGGCGGAUGGCGAGGGAUGGUUCCCAGCCAGCUUUGUGCGGCUGCGGGUGAAUCAGGACGAGCCCGGCGACGAGGAGGUGCUGCGCGCCGGGAAGCGCGAGGUGCCGGGCGGUGGGACCGAGGCGCAGAGCAGCAAGGACCAGAUGCGGACCAACGUCAUCAACGAGAUCCUCAGCACCGAGCGCGACUACAUCAAGCACCUGCGCGACAUCUGCGAGGGCUACAUCCGCCAGUGCCGCCGGCGCGCCGACAUGUUCAGCGAGGAGCAGCUGCGCACCAUCUUCGGCAACAUCGAGGACAUCUACCGAUGCCAGCGCGCCUUCGUGACCGCGCUGGAGCGCAGGGUCAACCGCGAGCGCCCGCACCUCAGCGAGCUGGGCGCCUGCUUCCUGGAGCACCAAGCAGACUUCCAGAUCUACUCUGAGUACUGCAACAAUCACCCCAACGCCUGCGUGGAGCUCUCACGCCUUGCCAAGCUCAGCAAGUACGUGUACUUCUUUGAGGCCUGCCGGCUGCUGCAGCGCAUGAUCGACAUCUCCCUGGACGGCUUCCUGCUGACGCCGGUGCAGAAGAUCUGCAAGUACCCGCUGCAGCUGGCCGAGCUGCUCAAGUACACGCACCCCCAGCACAGUGACUUUAAGGACGUGGAAGCUGCCUUACACGCUAUGAAGAAUGUGGCACGGCUCAUCAAUGAGCGGAAGCGGAGACUUGAGAACAUCGACAAGAUAGCUCAGUGGCAGAGCUCCAUAGAGGACUGGGAGGGGGAAGACCUCCUAGUCCGGAGCUCAGAACUCAUCUACUCGGGGGAGCUGACGCGGGUGACGCAGCCGCAAGCCAAGAGCCAGCAGAGGAUGUUCUUCCUGUUCGAUCACCAGCUCAUCUUCUGUAAGAAGGACCUUCUCCGCCGGGACAUGCUGUACUACAAGGGUCGAGUGGACAUGGACAACUUGGAGGUGGUGGACCUGGAGGACGGGAAGGACAGGGAGCUGCACGUGAGCAUCAGGAAUGCCUUCCGGCUGCGCUGCCUGCCCACAGGCGAGAGCCACCUGCUGUGCGCCAGGAAGCCCGAGCAGAAGCAGCGCUGGCUCAGGGCCCUGGCCAGGGAGCGGGAGCAGGUGCGGCUGGACCAGGAGACAGGCUUCUCCAUCACAGAGCUGCAGAGGAAGCAGGCCAUGUUGAAUGCUAGCAAGCAGGUCACCGCGAAGCCCAAAGCCCUAGGCCGGCCCUACCACCUCACACGCCAGUGGCCCCCAGCGGCACCCACGAGCCUGCCCCAGCCGCAGGGCGCGGUGCUGGCGGAGCCCAAGCGGAAGCCAUCCACCUUCUGGCACAGCCUCAGCAGACUGGCACCUUUCCGCAAGUGA